AUGAGAAGAGUGGAACAACACAAAUGGGAUUGCAAGUUUUUCAUGUUUGGAAAUUGGAAUGAAUGGUAUUUAGCUCAAGGUUAUGGUGGUAAUGCAACGAGCUUUGUACAGGUCCGGCAACAACGCCAGUGGCAACCUCCACAACGAGGGUGGUUGAAAUGUAAUGUCGAUGCCGAUUUCCACAAUGGAGAAACAAUAACAAGUAGAGGCUUGUGCAUUCGUUACGAUACUGGACAGUUAAUUUAUGCACGCGGGUUUUCUUCUUUACUGUUAUGUAACUUGGUUGCAAAGCGGUUAGAAAAGUUCAGACCAACGAUCUUCACCCAAAUGAGUAUGCUUGCUAUUAAACAUGAAGCUAUUAGCCUUGGUCAGGGUUGUCCAAACUUUGAUGGUCCAGAAUUUGUGAAGGAAGCAGCAAUUCAGGCAAUCAGGGAUGGGAAAAAUCAGUAUCCAAGGGGUUAUGGAGUUCCAGACCUCAACGUUGCCAUUGCUGAGAGGUUCAAGAAAGAUACUGGACUAAUUGUAGACCCUGAUAACGAAGUUACUGUCACAACUGGAUGCACAGAAGCAAUUGCUGCAACUGUAUUAGGAUUAAUAAAUCCCGGUGAUGAGGUUAUUCUGUUUGCUCCUUUUUAUGAUUCGUAUAAUGCCACUUUAUCAAUGGCUGGCGCGAAUAUAAAAAGCAUUACUCUGUGCCCUCCUGAUUUUGCUGUCCCAAUUGAAGAGUUGAAGUCCAACAUCUCAAAGAAUACUCGUGCGAUUCUUAUAAAUACCCCUCAUAAUCCUACCGGAAAGAUAUUCACUCGAGAGGAGCUUAAUACCAUUGCAUCUCUUUGCAUUGAAAAUGAUGUGCUGGUUUUCACUGACGAAGUUUAUGAUAAGUUGGCAUUCGAUAUGGAACACAUUUCAAUUGCUUCUUUGCCUGGAAUGUUCGAGCGGACAGUGACAAUGAACUCGUUAGGGAAGUCAUUCUCCUUAACAGGAUGGAAGGUUGGAUGGGCCAUAGCACCUCCACAUUUAACAUGGGGAUUGCGACUGGCACACACUUUCAUCAAUUUCUCAACUGCAAAUCCUUUGCAGUGUGGUGCUGUAGCAGCACUUAGAGCACCGGAUUCAUACUUUGUCGAGCUAAAGAAGGAUUAUAUAGCAAAGAGAGCUAUUUUGGUGGAAGGGUUGAAAAGUGUUGGGUUCAAGGUAUUCCCAUCCAAUGGAACUUUCUUUGUGCUUGCAGAUCACACCCCUUUUGGGAUGGAGAAUGAUGUUGUAUUUUGUAAAUAUCUAACUAAGGAGAUUGGGGUAGCGGCAAUACCUUCAAGUGUGUUUUACUUUAAUCCAGAAGAAGGGAAGAAUUUAGUCAGAUUUGCUUUCUGCAAGGAUGAGGAAACUAUAAAGGCAGCUAUUGAGAGGAUGAAGAAGAAGCUUAAAAAAUAAUCUCUAUGCAUAUUGAAAUGAACACAUCCCAAUGGUAACUUCUGGUUUGUUGAACAGGAGGAUUCCUGACUCUCCAGUCAUUCACAAUUUCAUAUUCUCAAAUAUUAAUUUUCUUCUUCUAAAUAUCUAUAGUUUGAAUUAGUUUUCGUUAAUUCUAGCAUUCUGUAUAGGCACCUCCCUUGUCACCUUGUUGUAUUGUGUCUUGCACAAUAUUGAACCUAGUAAUGUUUCUCCAU